AUGAUCCAAAACCGCACGGUGGGGGACAGUCUUCGCGGCUUCCUGCUGCACUCCUCCAACUUCCAUUCGGAGAGCUAUACCGGGGCUGCAGAGGCAACGUUCACCUGCGCGUCGUUCUUCCAGGAGGGCGUGAUGGGGAUUCACUGUGAGGCCACUCACGGGUUUGCCGAUGGUCGGUGCUCGCGGUCCGAGCGCAGUACACCCAGCAGCCUCUGUGCUGCGGACCAGCCUGUUGACAUGUUGCUCCACGCCUGGGACGAAGAUCAAGAGCGCGGAACAGUUCGUGUGUCGGCUCCUGAGCGCCAAGAAGCGGCAGACUGGCUCAACCAGUUUCUCCCGGACAUGUGCGGAGCCCCGGGGCAUGCGACGGUAGUGCUGUCAGCCAUUUCGACGGCAUCUUCAGGCUUUGCCAUACUCUUACUGCUGUGUGGAGUGAUUUUCGAUAACCUCGAGUCGCGGAUCGUCCAUGGCGGUGCGAUGACAGCUCUGGUCGCUGGCGGAUUGCAGGCGGCGCUGAUAGGCGUUUGGAUGUUUGAGACGCACGUGUUGCACCACGAAAGGAACCACUUCGGCACUUCGUUCUACCUCAGCAUUGUGAGUGUCGCCGCUCACGUGAUGGCUUACGUUGUUGCGAUGCGCCACCUGCGCAUCGAGAAGGAUGCACUCGUCGAGUUGGGGCUGCUUGAGGAGGACGACGAGUCGAUCGAUGACAUCUUCAAAACGAAAAAGCUUGCCGAUGAUUGGGACGACGGAGAGUAUAACACGAAGGCGUCGUCCUCGCCCCGCAAAGAGGAUACCUCCAGAUAUGCUGAAGUGGUAGUCUAG